AUGUCUUCUCUUCCGCCACCUCCGCCGCCAGGCUGGGGAGCAGGACCUCACUCGAUGCCUUCGGCGCCACCACCACCUGGCUACCAACCGCCUGCCGAUCCCCAAGUCGCGAAGUUCGCCCAGAAAAAGAAGGAAUGGCUACGGUCGCAGCGAAACCGCUUUGGGGAGAAGCGAAAGGGAGGAUUCGUGGAGACACAGAAAGCUGAUAUGCCACCGGAGCAUCUACGGAAGAUCGUCAAGGAUAUUGGAGAUGUGUCACAGAAGAAAUUCAGCAGUGACAAGCGGAGCUAUCUAGGUGCUUUGAAGUUCAUGCCGCACGCGGUGCUGAAACUGCUAGAGAAUAUGCCCAUGCCUUGGGAGUCGGCGAGGGAGGUGAAAGUGCUAUAUCAUGUCAACGGGUGCUUGACGAUGGUAAAUGAAACACCGAGGGUGAUUGAGCCCGUCUUUCAUGCGCAGUGGGCUACGAUGUGGGUGUGCAUGCGAAGGGAGAAGAGCGAUAGACGACAUUUCAAGAGGAUGAGAUUUCCACCUUUUGACGACGAAGAGCCCCCGCUUUCGUGGUCGGAGAAUAUUGAAGAUGUGGAGCCAUUAGAGCCGAUCCAGAUGGAGCUCGACGAAGCUGAAGAUGGACCCGUCCUCGACUGGCUUUACGAGCAUCGACCCCUCCUGGAUACUCCACAUGUCAACGGGCCAAGCUACAAAGAAUGGAACCUAAGUUUGCCGCAAAUGGCCACCCUCUACCGGCUGAGUCACCAGCUGUUGAGCGAUCUGGUGGAUCAGAACUACUUUCAUAUGUUCGACCUUUCGAGUUUUGAGACGGCAAAGGCUUUGAACGUCGCCAUACCGGGUGGCCCAAGGUUCGAGCCACUCUACAAGGACGUUGAUCCAAAUGAUGAAGACUUCGGCGAAUUCAACGCGAUCGACCGCAUCAUCUUCCGAGCACCUAUCAGGACUGAGUACCGCGUGGCUUUCCCAUUUCUAUACAACUCGCUACCUCGAAGCGUUAAGCUUUCGUGGUACUCCCAUCCGCAAGUGGUCUAUGUCCGAGCUGAAGACCCGAGUCUUCCAGCCUUCUACUUCGAUCCUGUCAUCAACCCAAUAUCUUCACGCUCCGUUGCACCCAAAAACAUCACCGUCAGCCAUGAAGAUGAAAUCUUUGGACACGGCAACAUGGAGGACGAGGAAUUCACAUUGCCUGGUAACAUGGAGCCGUUCUUGGCGGACGAAGAACUCUACACAAGCGAGACCUCAUCGGCCAUCUCACUGUGGUGGGCGCCGUUCCCCUUUGACCGUCGGUCUGGAAAGAUGGUGCGUGCUCAAGACGUGCCUUUGGUCAAGCAAUGGUAUCUGGAGCAUUGCCCGCAAGGUCAACCAGUCAAAGUCAGAGUUUCAUACCAGAAGCUUCUGAAAACCUUCGUCUUGAAUGAGCUGCACAAGAAAAAGCCCAAAGCGCAAAAUAAGCAAAACUUGAUGAAGUCACUCCGGUCAACGAAGUUCUUUCAGCAGACAACGAUCGACUGGGUCGAGGCCGGUCUUCAGGUCUGCAGGCAGGGCUUCAAUAUGCUGAACCUCCUCAUUCAUCGCAAGAACCUGACGUAUCUUCAUCUGGACUACAACUUCAAUCUGAAGCCUGUUAAAACGCUCACGACAAAAGAACGAAAGAAGUCGCGCUUCGGGAACGCUUUCCAUUUGAUGCGGGAAAUCUUGCGCCUGACAAAGCUGAUUGUCGAUGCUCAAGUCCAGUACCGCCUCGGCAAUAUCGACGCCUUUCAAUUGGCCGAUGGAAUUCUGUAUGCCUUCAACCACGUCGGACAGCUUACCGGUAUGUACCGAUACAAGUACAAGCUCAUGCACCAGAUUCGAUCAUGCAAAGAUUUAAAGCAUCUGAUCUACUAUCGGUUCAAUUCUGGCCCAGUCGGCAAAGGACCUGGAUGCGGCUUCUGGGCACCUGCCUGGAGAGUCUGGCUGUUCUUCAUGCGCGGUAUCAUCCCAUUGCUUGAGAGGUGGCUUGGUAACCUGCUUUCUCGACAAUUCGAGGGUCGACACAGUAAGGGUGUGGCUAAGACUGUCACAAAGCAGAGAGUCGAGUCUCAUUUCGACCUUGAGCUUCGUGCCUCUGUCAUGGCUGACUUAAUGGACAUGAUGCCUGAAGGUAUCAAGCAGAACAAGGUCAACACCGUGCUGCAACAUCUGUCUGAAGCUUGGAGGUGUUGGAAGAGUAACAUACCUUGGAAGGUGCCUGGCCUGCCUGCGCCUAUUGAGAAUAUCAUACUGCGAUAUGUCAAGAGCAAGGCCGACUGGUGGAUUUCGGUUGCCCACUACAAUCGAGAGCGUAUUAGGAGAGGUGCUACUGUUGACAAGACUGUCGCAAAGAAAAACCUCGGCCGUCUCACUCGAUUGUGGCUGAAGGCAGAGCAAGAGCGACAGCACAACUAUAUGAAAGAUGGGCCCUAUGUCUCGUCGGAAGAAGCCGUGGCCAUCUACACCACGACAGUUCAUUGGCUCGAGUCGAGAAAGUACUCUCCUAUACCUUUCCCCGCUGUAUCGUACAAGCACGACACCAAGAUCCUGAUUCUGGCCCUGGAACGACUGCGAGAAGCAUACUCGGUCAAGGGUCGUCUGAAUCAAAACCAAAGAGAAGAGCUUGCCCUAAUCGAGCAGGCUUACGACUCUCCGGGAACGACACUCACACGUAUUAAGCGCUUCUUGCUUACGCAGCGUGCUUUCAAGGAAGUUGGCAUUGACAUGAAUGACAACUACAGCUCCAUCAACCCUGUCUACGAUAUUGAGCCUAUAGAGAAGAUCACCGAUGCCUACCUCGACCAGUAUCUUUGGUACCAGGCUGAUCAAAGACACUUGUUCCCCGCCUGGAUCAAGCCCUCUGACUCGGAGGUUCCACCGCUACUCACCUACAAAUGGGCUCAAGGUAUCAACAACUUGGGCGGUGUUUGGGAGACAGCCGAUGGGGAGUGCAACGUCAUGAUCGAGACUCAGCUUUCGAAGGUGUAUGAGAAGAUCGAUCUUACGCUGUUGAACAGGCUUUUGCGCUUGAUAAUGGACCAUAACUUGGCAGAUUAUAUCACGUCAAAGAACAAUGUGCAGCUGAAUUACAAGGACAUGAACCACACCAACAGCUACGGGAUGAUCAGGGGUCUGCAAUUCUCAGCCUUUGUCUUCCAAUACUACGGCCUAGUCCUUGACCUGCUGCUGCUUGGUCUGCAGCGUGCAAGCGAAAUUGCUGGCCCACCUCAGAGUCCCAACGACUUCUUGCAAUUCAGAGACCGCAAGACAGAGACUAGGCAUCCUAUCCGACUAUACACCAGAUACAUUGACCGUAUCUGGGUCUUCCUGAGGUUCUCUGCCGAUGAAUCAAGAGAUCUCAUCCAGCGUUUCUUGACAGAGCAGCCAGAUCCCAACUUUGAGAACGUAAUUGGAUAUCGCAACAAGAAGUGUUGGCCGCGAGAUUCAAGGAUGAGGUUGAUGAGGCACGACGUCAAUCUUGGCCGCGCUGUUUUCUGGGAUCUCAAGAACCGAUUGCCAAGAUCAAUCACCACCAUCGAAUGGGACGACACAUUCGCCAGCGUGUACAGCAGAGACAAUCCUAAUUUGCUUUUCUCGAUGAGUGGAUUCGAAGUUCGCAUCCUGCCCAAGACUCGGAACCUCAAUGAGGAGUUCCCUGUCAAGGACAGUGUUUGGUCGCUUGUGGAUAACACCACAAAGGAGCGAACUGCUCAUGCGUUCUUACAGGUCACAGAGGAGGACAUUCAGAAGUUUAACAACCGCAUCAGACAAAUCUUGAUGUCCUCUGGCUCUACUACGUUUACGAAGAUUGCCAACAAAUGGAACACUAGUUUGAUCGCAUUGUUCACUUACUACCGUGAAGCGGCGGUUUCGACCGUCAACCUACUCGAUACCAUCGUCAAGUGCGAGACUAAGAUUCAGACUCGUGUCAAGAUCGGUCUAAAUUCCAAGAUGCCUUCAAGAUUCCCGCCUGCAGUGUUUUAUACGCCAAAGGAGCUCGGAGGUCUCGGUAUGAUUUCUGGGUCUCACAUCCUCAUCCCAACUAGCGACAAGCGAUGGUCGAAGCAGACGGACGUAGGCGUCACGCAUUACCGAUCUGGUAUGAGCCAUGAUGAGGAGACUCUCAUUCCCAACAUCUUCCGAUACAUCAUCCCAUGGGAAGCCGAAUUUAUCGAUUCGCAGCGUGUUUGGACCGAGUACUCCCAGAAGCGCCAAGAAGCCAAUCAGCAGAACCGAAGACUGACACUUGAAGACUUGGAGGACAGCUGGGAUCGCGGUCUGCCACGUAUCAAUACCUUGUUCCAGAAAGAUCGAAGCACCUUAAGCUUCGACAAGGGUUUCAGGGCUCGUACUGAGUUCAAGACAUACCAGCUGAUGAAGAGCAAUCCAUUCUGGUGGACCAGUCAGCGCCACGACGGAAAGCUCUGGAAUCUCAACGCCUACCGAACAGAUGUCAUUCAAGCUCUUGGUGGUGUUGAGACUAUCCUUGAGCACACGCUAUUCAAGGCCACGGCUUUCCCAUCAUGGGAAGGUCUCUUUUGGGAGAAAGCUUCCGGUUUCGAAGAAUCUAUGAAGUUCAAGAAGUUGACCAAUGCCCAACGUUCCGGUCUCAAUCAGAUUCCUAAUCGUCGGUUCACGCUUUGGUGGUCGCCUACGAUCAAUCGUGCCAACGUCUACGUCGGGUUUCAGGUGCAACUUGAUCUGACUGGUAUCUUCUUGCAUGGCAAGAUUCCCACUUUGAAGAUUUCGCUGAUUCAGAUCUUCCGUGCCCAUCUGUGGCAGAAGAUUCACGAGUCAGUCGUUAUGGAUUUGUGCCAGGUCUUUGAUCAAGAGUUAGAUCAGCUGGGUAUCGAGACGGUGCAAAAGGAGACAAUCCAUCCGAGAAAGUCCUACAAGAUGAACAGCUCUUGCGCUGAUAUCCUCCUCUUCGCUACACACAAAUGGAACGUGACAAGACCAUCGAUCCUGUUCGACACUAAGGACAUCACAGAGCCUACAACCACCAACAAGUUCUGGGUCGACGUCCAGCUGCGAUAUGGUGACUACGACUCUCACGAUAUUGAGCGAUACGUGCGUGCGAAAUACCUAGAUUACACCACCGACAGCAUGAGUAUCUACCCGUCUGCCACUGGUUUGAUGAUUGGUAUUGAUCUUGCAUACAAUCUUUACUCUGCGUAUGGUCAAUACUUCCCUGGUCUUAAGACGCUCGUCCAGCAAGCCAUGGCCAAAGUUAUGAAGGCCAACCCUGCUUUGUAUGUGCUAAGGGAGCGUAUCCGAAAGGGUCUGCAAUUGUAUGCAUCGGAGAGCAACCAGGAAUUUUUGAACUCGCAGAACUAUUCUGAACUUUUCAGCAACCAGAUCCAGCUGUUUAUCGAUGAUACCAAUGUCUACCGAGUCACGAUUCACAAGACAUUCGAAGGAAAUCUGACAACGAAGCCUAUCAACGGCGCCAUCUUCAUCUUCAACCCUAGGACAGGUCAGCUGUUCCUGAAGAUUAUUCACACGAGUGUCUGGGCUGGUCAAAAGCGUUUGGGUCAAUUAGCGAAAUGGAAGACUGCAGAGGAAGUGGCUGCAUUGAUUCGAUCGCUGCCGGUCGAAGAGCAGCCAAAGCAACUUAUUGUCACCAGAAAGGGUCUGUUGGAUCCCCUGGAAGUGCAUCUGCUUGACUUUCCCAAUAUCUCGAUUCGAGCUUCCGAGCUCCAGCUGCCCUUCCAGGCUGCAAUGAAGGUCGAGAAGUUGGGUGAUAUGAUACUGCGCGCUACGGAGCCAAAGAUGAUGCUGUUCAAUCUCUACGACGAGUGGCUCAAGACGAUCUCUUCGUACACUGCAUUCUCGCGACUGAUCCUCAUCCUGCGUGCCCUGCAUGUCAAUCAAGACAAGACGAAGCUGCUGCUCCGACCUGACAAGACUGUGAUCACCAAGGAGCACCACAUCUGGCCCACCCUGUCUGACGAAGACUGGAUCAAGGUUGAAGUGCAACUGCGAGAUCUUAUCCUCAAUGAUUACGGCAAGAAGAACAAUGUCAAUACCUCCAGUUUGACCACCAGUGAAAUCCGAGACAUCAUCCUGGGUAUGGAGAUCAGUGCCCCAUCCAUGCAGCGCCAACAAGCUGCCGAGAUCGAGAAGCAGCAGCAAGAACAGCAACAGCUCACUGCCGUCACCACCAAGACUCAAAAUGUCCACGGUGAAGACAUUAUCGUGACCACCACUUCGCAAUUCGAGCAACAAUCCUUCGCUUCCAAAACAGAAUGGCGUACCCGAGCCAUUGCAACCUCCAACCUGCGCACCCGUGCCAACAACAUCUACAUCUCUUCUGACGAUAUCCACGAAGAAGGCCAUCAUACCUACAUCAUGCCCAAGAACAUUCUCAAGCGCUUCAUCACCAUCGCCGAUCUCCGUGUCCAGGUAGCUGGCUACCUCUACGGUUCCUCGCCACCUGACAAUGACCAGGUGAAGGAGAUCCGCACUAUAGUCAUGAUACCUCAAGUCGGUAAUACACGUGAUGUGCAGCUCCCACAUCAACUACCGCAACACUCCAACCUCUCUUCUCUGGAGCCUUUGGGUAUCAUACACACAGUGGCUGGCAACGAACCUCCCUACAUGACAUCCGCAGACGUAACCCAUCAUGCGCGCCUCAUGUCUUCCCACUCGAGCUGGGACAAGAAAACAGUCACAAUGACCGUCUCCUUCACUCCUGGCUCCGUCUCCCUCGCCGCCUGGGCCCUAACACCUCAAGGUUACAAAUGGGGUUCCGAGAACAAAGACCUGGGGUCCGACAUGCCUUCCGGCUUCAGCACCUCCGGCAUGGGCGAGAAGACCCAACUAUUGUUGAGCGAUAAGAUCCGCGGUUAUUUCUUGGUGCCGGAGCAAAACACCUGGAACUACAGCUUCAUGGGCGCCAGCUUCUCAGGCGUGGAGAAGAAGCCCGUGCCGGUGAAGAUGGAUGUGCCGAUCGGAUUCUACGCGGACGUGCAUAGGCCGUUGCAUUUCCAGAACUUUGCUGAGUUGGAGGAUAUUUGGGUCGAUAGGCAGGAUAAUUUCGCUUAG